CCUUGUGCACUUACCAUGACAGGGUAUUACUAUGUAUGGGAGGUUGCGGUGGGUGCUGUGGGAUGUGAAGGACACCCUAUUGCGCGUCCGGAAGUCUGUGGGGGAGCAGUACUGCCAGGAAGCAAGGCGGGUGGGGCUCGCUGUCCCUGCCGCUGAGAUUGAAGCUGCCUUCCGCCGUGCCUAUCGCCAACAUUCUUGCCUCUACCCAAACUAUGGAAUGGCUCAGGGACUUGGCGGGCAGGCCUGGUGGGCAAGGGUGGUACAGAACACCUUCUCCCAGUGUGGGGUGAGGGACCAAGUCCUGCUUGAGAGAUUGGCUCAAAAUCUCUACCAUGGCUUCAGUGGGCCAGAUAACUGGGAGGUGUUCCCAGACUCAGAGAAGGCUCUGCAGAGCUGUGUGUCCUUAGGCUUGCAGCUUGGCGUCGUGUCCAACUUCGACAACCGCCUAGAAGGGAUUUUGCGUGGCUGCGGACUCCUGUCUUAUUUCAGCUUCCUGUUGACCUCUGAGAUGGCAGGGGUGGCCAAGCCUGACCCAGCAAUCUUUCGGCAGGCACUGCAGAGAUGUGGGGUGACAGCUACAAGUGUGGCACACGUUGGGGACCAUUAUAUCAAUGACUACCGCACUGCACAGUCCUUGGGCAUCCACGGAUACCUGAUUGACAGGAGCGAUGGAACUAGCCAAACAGAGGUUCCCGCUCAGUACCGACUGUGCUCCCUGGAUGAACUACCAAUGCGACUUCAGCAAGAUACACAUUGAAAAGUCCUCCUCCAGGGUCUGCAGUGGGCUGUAAUGGGAAUUUUUUAAAGUUACUUAAUUUUUGAAAACAUUGUGAAAGAUUAUUUCAUGGCCUCAAUUGAAAUUACUGUUCAGUGGAAGAACUCUGACCCAGUAUUGGGAGGAGUUUACUUUUGUCAGACAUAAAUAUGUGCAUAUUUUACAUAUACCUGCAGCAUUUGAGAGCAUCAUAGAACAGCGCAUUCCUCAGAAUAGCCACACUCAAAAACUAAGUAGAAGAAUUUGAACAUAUCUGGACCUCAUUUCCUUAAAUUCAUAAAACCCUUUUGCCUGAGUACCAACUAGCUCCAGUAUGCAUACCACCAGUCAUAUAAUUGUUUUUUAACCUAGCCUAACCUAGCACUACACACUUAUUCAUGCACAAACACCUUUUACCUUUUAUCACAUACACAUUUUUUCUUUUACCACUUCCCCGUUUCCCCUUCAAUGUGUGUCCUUUCCAUGUCUAUCUAUGUCUGUCUUUUCUGGUUGUUCAGUCUGUGUAUGUCUGUCUGUGAUUGUGCCCCCACCCCCCUCCAAUAUUAAUUUACUUUUCUUCUUUUUUUUCCUUUUCUUUUUUUUGUGUUGUUUCAUCAGUUUCAUCAUUUCGUUUGCUAACUUCAGUUUUUGUUAUACCUUUCUGUCUGAGGCCUCUGCACAUCAUUUUGUAAAUUAUAAUUGUAUAUAAAAAUAAAGUUGUCCUUCGAAGAGGAGGGGAUGGUAGCAAGGGAUUUUUUAAAAAGAAUAUUGCAUCAAGUGUGUCUAAAUGAAACAGUGAUUCAGCACAAGUCUGCUUCUACAUAUCCUAUAUUACUGGACAUAAUUUAUUGAUAACAGCAGCGCAACGGAUGUCGACUGAGAAAAUAAACCUUCUAUUACUAUA